GUUCUUUAUUUACAUGCUACUGUUCAUACAGCCUGGAGGCACGGAGCCGUAGUUCUGUGGUGCUUGCUUUUAAGUACAAGAAACUCGCUUUCUUUCUUACCCAGUAUUUUAUUUUCGUGCCCUGUUCACGGAGUAUGUUUUUUAGGUGUCUGUUUUCUCAGCAGUUUUCUAUGGAAGAACAAGGCAACCAGAUUAUAGUUGAAAGUAAUUUCAACCAGAGGGACGCUUUUAGAGAAUCUUGACUUUGUUUGGCUUCAUUUCCCGGGGUCUCUUAAGUGAAGAUCUGGGUAGAGUUCACCUAUCUCAUUUUCACAUCAUUGGUCUUCAAGAUCCUUUUCCAGCUUAAGUCCAGCAAGUAGAAAAAUGGUUGGCUUCAGACCUGCAGAUGUGCCCCCGACGGCUGCUGUGAAGUUUAUUGGAGCUGGAACUGCAGCAUGCAUUGCUGACCUUGUCACCUUUCCUCUUGACACAGCUAAAGUUAGGCUCCAGAUCCAAGGAGAGACUGGUGGUGCUGCAAAAGCAAGUUCUGCCCAGGCGAUGAAGUAUCGUGGUGUGUUUGGCACCAUCGCCACCAUGGUGCGUACGGAGGGGCCAUGCAGUCUCUACAAUGGGCUAGUGGCUGGACUGCAGCGCCAGAUGAGCUUCGCUUCUGUCCGCAUCGGCCUUUAUGACUCGGUUAAGCAGUUUUACACCAAGGGUUCUGAUCAUGUGGGGAUUGGCAGUCGCCUGCUGGCAGGCUGCACCACUGGUGCAAUGGCAGUUGCUCUGGCUCAACCCACAGAUGUGGUGAAGGUGCGUUUUCAGGCUCAGGUUAGCGCCGGUGCUACUAACAAACGCUACCGUGGCACUAUGGAUGCUUACAGAACCAUUGCCAAGGAGGAAGGGUUUCGUGGACUGUGGAAGGGAACCGGCCCAAACAUCACCCGUAAUGCCAUAGUGAACUGUACCGAACUGGUGACUUAUGACCUAAUCAAAGAUGCUCUUCUGCAAAACACACCAAUGACUGAUGACCUUCCAUGCCACUUCACAUCUGCAUUUGGUGCUGGUUUUUGCACAACAGUGAUUGCUUCCCCAGUUGAUGUUGUGAAAACGAGAUACAUGAACUCUGCCCAUGGUCACUACAGCAGUGCUUUGAACUGUGCUCUGGCCAUGCUGACCAAGGAGGGGCCUCUGGCCUUCUACAAAGGGUUUAUGCCCUCUUUCCUGAGGCUGGGCUCCUGGAACGUGGUGAUGUUUGUCACCUAUGAACAGCUGAAACGCGCCAUGAUGGCAGCUCACCAUAAUUGGUCUGCUCCUCUUUAGGGUGCUAGGGUUUCUGUGCUAAUGACAUCUUAAGUUUAAUGCCUGCUUUUGGCCUCUUGUUGACUACCCUCUAAGUGAUUUCCUAGUUGCAUUCAUUUAAGUGUAUCCCGGGACUAGAAAGCUGGUCUUGAUUUCUUCUCCCUUGUAUUGGUUUUAGAGCUUUUAAAUCAUGCAAAUAAAAGUUUCCAAAAUAAA